GUAAAAGUCACUUUAACUUCACUACAUUUAUAAUAGCAAUGGUAUAAAAAUGAUUAAAAAUAAAACUGUAAAUAUCGCGUCUAAAUGCCUUUUGUUGUUAAACAAAGGGCAAAUGCAAUAGGGUACUCAUAAAUACAUAUCUGCAUAACAAUUUUCUAGUUCAAUAAACUUGACUCUGAUCACAAUGUUAAAAAGUUGAUUAGAAUAAACCAUCAAUUAAAAAAAGAUGCCGGAUCUAGUGUUCAACAUGAAAAAAUCCAGUAUCUAUAAAGAUUUCUACCCAAAGUCUUCUUCCUUUCUUAGUUUUUUGUGUGACGAGGAUGACACCUGUGAAGCGAAGACUGUGACAGACGAUCUCAAUAAUAAUGAUUACUAUGAGGAUAUCGACGUGAAAUUUUAUAAAGAAGGUAGUAUUGUAACUGAACAUCCACUGGAACCCUCGCACAAAUCUUAUCAGGGAAAAUUAUAUGACUUGAAAGAGAGCACUAGAAAAUUGUUAUGCUUGUUAGAUAAAAUAUUAAUGUUCGAACCCCCGAUCAAUGAAGCACAAACAGUUAAUGAACCAUCGGAGAAGAAAUCUAAUCGUAAAAAUCGACUUAAACCGAUACAACCUCACGAAGGAGACUGUUCAAUAUACAAUAGGCUAACAAGAAAAUGUCAAUGCCUGAACAGCGAUAUCUACAACGAUUUUAUAUUACUAUUCAAUGAGAAUGUGAAGCAUAUGACAUGUAAUGUUGGCGAGAUCAUAAAGAACAUGCGCACUCUGAAGAAGUUCUUGUACAUUGGGGAUGAAUAUACGAAACGAGCGCUCAUGUUUUUAAAAGAUGGUCUAUCGAAUAGUACGCUGCUAGAAAGAACCGAUAUUAUACAAGGUUGUAUUUUCACUGACAUCUGCAAUAUAUUCGAAGAGAAUUCAAUCAUUACCACUUUAAUUACUUGGCCAUGUAAAUAUGCUAAAUCUGGGGACCAAGAAACGAUGAUGAUGACUGCUACAUUGGUAAAUAAAAUAUCAAGACCCGAGGAAGGAAAGCGCUAUCUAAAUUUAAACUCUAGAAUAAUAUUCGAUAUCAAACAAGCGUUUAAGAAGUGCGGUAACCAUUUGAAGACGGAAACUGUUGAUAUGCUGCAUACCAUCUUAGAUCGCCUGGAACCACAAUACACACAAAACAUCAGCGUGUCAUAUUGCCGCAAGACCAAUGACAAAGGUGUAGUUAUACAAACGCUUCUUAAUUUGAUAAAACAUGGCUCUGAGAUGCCGUUAAAGGAAGCACUAUUAAAUCUCGAGUUACUCAGCAAUUGGUCAAAACAAGAGAAUGGUAAAGAGGAAUUAAAGUCGUAUAGACCGGAAUUGCUUCUGGUUUUAAAAACUAUAUUACGACUUUAUGACCAUAGUCAAAUUAAUAUAUUUGCUACGACAAUUCUUAAUAAUGUCGUUUCUAAAAGUAUGAUUAGGGGAAAUAAUUUUGGCGUUACUAACAUAGUGGUUGUAACGAGCACUGGAACUGAGCCUAUUGAAAUGAAAAAUCAAUUUGUCCAAAUAAGUAAGAAAAAAAUAAAAAAACAAAAAUCGACUGUGCAUCCAGGAAAACGAUUGUUUAUGUCCAAACAACGAGUUUCAGACGUUGGAUACUCUUCACAAAUAUUGGAUACUUUGAAGAAAAAGUGUGAGAGUAAGGGAAACUCGAAAACAAGUAAUAUAUGUGCCAGUGGAAUCAAAAACAAGUUUAACAAAGUGACAUAAAUUUUAUUAUCAAGUAUCACAUAUUAUUGAAAUUUUCAAUGCACUUACCAAUAAAACUUGCCAAGCAAAAAAUCCAAUACUUUCAUAUUAUUAGAAACCAAGUUUGCUUCAGCUUCAUAAUGUCUUAAAAAUUAUUUGUAAAUAAAUAAGCAUUAAAUUUUGUAAAACAAUGUACUUAAAUUCUGUACAAAAAAUGUCAUGUUAGUGAAUAAAACUUAAGCAACAUAAGAUUUUACAA